UAAAAAGAAAGCUCAAACAUCUAUUUUUCUCACUACUAGCUAAAGAGAUCAAAGAGACAAUCAUGGAUGCUCUUAACAAAAACUCUACUGUUCUCAUCAUCAUUUUCUUAAUAACCAUCUCCCAAACCUAUUUUUCCCUUCUUAACACCGAUCAUAUCGCAACGGACGAUGAUAGCGUGAAUGACUUCAUCACCUCCCUCAUCAAAAGUUGCAAAAGAGAAAACAAACAAACAUGUAAAACCCACUUAUCGGAGCUCGAGUCCUUGUCCUCAUCUCUCUCCGCGACAAGACGUCGUGCUUUAUUGCUCAUAUUCUUGAAGGAAUCCGUGUCGAAGAUCAACACGGCUAUGACUAGCGUGAGGCAAGAAGAAACAUCGACGGCAAAGGAAAACUUGGUUUUAGUUUAUGAGAUGUGGACAUCAGCAAAAGAUGGAAUCAUCGACUCAAUGGAGGAACUUCGUAGAGCUGGAGAAAAGCUUAGUCCUAAGUCUUACGCUAACAUUCACACAUGGCUUAGCAGCGUGCUUACGAGUCAUCUAACGAGUUUGGAUGAAACUUAUGAAGGUCCAUUUAAACGUAAUGUUGGGUCGGUGCUUGAAGACCACAUUGCUAGAGCACGAGUGGCGUUGGCUAUUUUUACCUCAAUUUCCCCGAGACACUCCGAAAUUAAGUCGACGUCGGUGGUUCCUGAUCAUCCGUCGUGGUUAUCCGAUGGGGACAAAAAAAAUCUUAAUCUCUCUCCUCAGGUUUUGAAACACACUGCUGAUGUGGUGGUUGCUAAAGACGGCAGCGGAAAUUACCGCAGCAUUAAUGAGGCAAUUGCGGCGGCACCAAGACUUAGCGCCAAACGAUUUGUCGUGUAUGUGAAGAAAGGCAUUUACGUCGAAAUUGUCAAUAUUGCCACACACAAUAUUACUCUAAUUGGCGAUGGUCCAACAUCAACUAUCCUCACGGGUAGUUUAAACCGUAAUGAUGGUACAAAAACGUUUAAUACUGCAACUCUUGCUUCUAAUGGUGAUGGUUUUUGGGCGAUUGAUAUGUGUUUUCGAAACACAGCCGGGCCUACAAAGGGACCAGCGGUAGCCCUCCGUGUCAGUGGAGAUAUAUCUAUCAUAUACCGAUGUAGGAUAGAAGGAUAUCAGGAUGCGUUAUACCCUCACAGAAAGCGUCAGUUUUACAGAGAGUGCUACAUCACCGGGACGGUCGACUUCAUAUGUGGAUUCGCGUCUGCCGUCUUCCAAUAUUGCACCAUUGUUGCAAGGAAACCAAUGAACAAGCAGGCCAACAUGAUCACGGCUCAAGCACGCCCGAAUUUGAAGAAAGUAUCAGGAUUCACGUUCCAAAAAUGCAAUAUCACUGCCAGUGCGGAUUUAGCCAACGUCAAAACCACAGUGAAAACCUAUCUCGGCCGUCCGUGGAGUGAGUAUGCAACAGUUGCAUUCAUAGAAUCGUAUAUUGAUGAUCUAGUGGAUCCUGCGGGUUGGGCAGAGUGGAAUGGCAAGAUUGGUGUCAAAACUUUCUACCGUGAAUACGACAACCAUGGGUCGGGAGCUGAUACGAGUAGGAGGGUGAAAUGGACAGGGUUCAAAGCUACUACAGACCCAAAAGAAGUGACGUACUUCACUGUUACCAAACUUCUACAGGGAGAACUAUGGCUCAAUGCGACUGGGGUCCCGUACGAAGGAGGUUUUUGAUCAUCAUUCUCAUGUUACAUUGAUGUCUAAACUUCUUAUUAUAUUAUCCAAUCAAAUAAUUUCUUCUCAUAUUAAUACGUGGUUGAAAAAAGAAA